CUGUCAACAGUCAGGAAGCAGCGGUGUAUGCCAAACAAAAUUUGACGUGAUUCAGAGAAAAUGACUUACUAGAAACAUUUAUACUCAAGGUUAUCUGGUAGUGAAUAUAUCCAGCAGUAUCCAUGUCUGAUCAUCUGAAGUUGUCACUUGGAAGCAAUCCAACAGAUAUUGGACAGGGAUCAGGGAAUUUACCAGUAAAGAACAACCUGACCACCACACCGGGGGUUAGUCCGUUUCCUGGAAAUGACACCCCCCUCCCAUCCUUCACCCUCUCUGAGCCUGUCUGUCAGGCCAUCCUGUACGAUGAUAUCGGAGAGUCAAGAGUAAGAGUGUGGGACCUGAUUAUUUUGAUUCCUAAUGUUUUCUUUCUGGCUUUUCUGAUCUACAAAUCCAAAUCUGCUAUCGUCAAACUGAGGAGCACCAGCAGUCCGAUAUUCACUGCUUUUUAUGUUCUGGUGUGUUUGGUGGCCGUUAUUAGUGUUCUGAGGUGCGUUGUCUCUAUGACGGUUAACGCCUCCGUUCUGGCUGGAGAUAUAACGGACAAGGUCCUAUGGCUUGUCCUUAGAUUCUUCCUUCUUGCCACGGAGAUGUCUAUCAUUGUCUUUGGACUGGCGUUUGGUCACUUAGACAGCGGUAAAUCCAUACAGAGAGUAUUACUAGUGACAUCUUGUGUAGCCCUUAUAUAUUCCUGUACACAGGGGACCUUAGAGUUUGAGUAUCCAGACCCCCAGUUCCACGUGGAGAAGGGCUCUAACGAGACGUAUCAGAACUUUGACAUUUUCGCCCACGGAGGAAUGAUAUUCUGGAUCACGAGUUCUCUUGUUUUCUUUGUUGUGUACACUGUAAUAUUUAUUUUACCUUGGACUAGUCUUAAGGAAAAGUGGUCACUACCACCCAAGAAAUCUUUUUACCGCUAUGCUGCCUUUCUUGCCGUCCUUAAUCUAAGUCAGGCAGUGGGUAGUGGACUGUUAUAUGGAGAAAUCCAAGAAGGAAUGUGUGUUGUUGAUUUGACAUCCUAUCUUUACUUCACUUGUUUUGUGCCUCUUGUUUACCUGGUAUUUCUGAGGAAAUUCUUUAUGCACACCCAGCCCCGUAUUCUGUUCUCCUAUAAGAACCAGGUCGAUGAGAUCCCAGAGGACGAUACAGUCAGCAUGCCAUACCAGACAAACGUUCAGAAGACCGACGACAUGGACAGUGUCAGUGCCAGUUUUGACAGUACACAUUUUGAUCACCGCUCGGGAUCGUACUACACGCGGCCGUCACUGAAUCCUCACGGCUCCAUUAAUAUCACGGAACAGGACAUGGGUCAACCCGAGGACUAUUACCAAGCGUCGGCUUAGGGCCUGUUAUUAUGUUGUGUUUGCUUGCUUGCUACAGUGAUGUUUAUGCUAGUUUUGAUGGUGGCUCUAGUCAGAUAAAAAGUGAUUUAUAGAUAAAGCUUUAUCAGGAAAAUGUUCCAGAUUAUGACUGUACUGAGUAAUCUAAAACUAAAGGUGCUUUAAAAUCCUUAAGAAGAAAAGAUUAUUUUUUUUCAUUGUAGAUGCUGCAAUAUAUAUACAGUAUCAGAAGGCGUCUUCUGUUUUUAAAAAUUACUGGGGCAAAAGUGGUUAAUUUUAGACUAUUCGAAAUAUUUUAAGUGAGUUGUGUAUAUGUAUCUGUGUACAAUAAUAUUCUUUGAAGUAUAUUCUUAAUUUCACACAGAAAAUACUGAAGAAAUAAAAUUUGUAUGUUAUAUCUAA